AUGUCCGGACCGGACCGAGACGGGCUAGUAUGGGAGCACGACGCCAUCUGGGGUCCGAGCCCUGAGUGGGCACGAGAACCCUCACUGGAAGCCAUCCAGAAGGUCUGCCGCCGACAUUUGAACAUUGACGAGAACUCAAGAUGCGAUGUCUCACCUUACGGAAAAUGGGGUGGCAAGAAGACAUAUCUCGUUCAAAGCAACACCAGCAAGGCUAUCAUGCGCGUCUUUCUUCCGCUUGAUCCUGGCUACCAGACUCGCGGCGAGGUGGCGACCAUGCGCUGGAUCAAACUCAGAACCAGCAUUCCAGUCCCUGAAGUCUUCGCAUUUGAUGACUCCAGUGAUAACGAGAUCAGCUUCGAGUGGAUGCUCAUGGAGUUUAUGCCCGGCGUACGAGCCCACAAACGUUGGCGAAAGAUGCCGAUGGCGCAGAAGGAAGCUGUUGCUGAGAAGAUGGCCGACUACCACGCGCAAAUCCUUGAUGCCGGCACCAAAUUGAAAGAGUUUCAAACCAUUGGGACUCUUGACUUCGAAAAGCCCAAAGACAAUAAGCAGCCACCCUCAAAGCUUCAUGUCACACCAGGCAGGGUGGUUGAUUACGUGUUUUUCUGCGGCAAUAACUACAACUACGAUAUACCUCGAGGGCCGUUUGAGUCCAGCCAAGAAUGGCUUAAGUCACUCCUGAACAUCAUCAUUCUGGAGAAAACCGCAGAAGCAGAAACUUCCACAAUGGGCUUGUUCGUUCGCGUCUUUGGCCCUCAGGCUUACGCCGCCACGAACAAUAAGACGACAGUCGACGGCGACGUCGCUGUCAAGCACAUGUCUGGCACCACUCGCUCUGCUCUUCGGAAGCCCUACAAGAAGCCCUGGGUGACUGUGAAGGCUACUUCGUACUCUCAGCCUCUGGCUUGUGUCACCAUGCCUGACGUUCACGACGCGAACAAGACGCGCCACAUCAUCGCAUUCGCCGAGCAGAGUCAAAGCGCCCAGCACUUGACUACCAUUCCUGGCACAAACGGACGACGACCCGACAGUGCCAACAACGCCACCUUUCCCAUCAUUGAGGCUGAGACCCAAGACGCUGACUACUACCAGUCCAUCGACAUCAACACCGGCGAGAAAACGCAGAUUCACUGCCGCAGCGCAUCUGGCUCGAGUGCCGACACCUCGUCUUCAGCUGGACAAAGCAGCGCUCGCACCCUCAAGAGGAAGAAGGGCGUCACUGGUCUUUCCGAUCGAUACCAGAUUGACAGCAACCCCACUCAGGCCGACAACAAGGAGCGGGUCAGAUCCAUCUCCGUCUCCCAGGUCUCAUCCAUCAGCACAAUUCGCACAGACACCGACUCUGCUCUUGUCGCCUUCCCCACCUUUAGAUCAGCUGGUCGCCGCGGCACGAAGCUCGAUGGCCUCCUUGAGACCGAAGGAAAGCUCGCGCGGUACAAGGAUGUCGAAGACAGCCAGGCUGACGAGGGCUUCAACACCGCUGUUCUCGAUCUCAAAGACUGGGCUCUGACCGGCCACAAGAACAUUAUCGGUUAUGAGAUGUACUCCAAGCAGAGUGUCAUCCAGGAGAUCUAUGAAGAUCUUCCCAAGCCCGAGGGCGAGGACUUCGCGACCUCUCCCAAGUCUGCGCGUAACCUGCUCUUUGGAAACUACGAGACGGGACAGUACAAGAUGAUCCGCAGCGACAGCGCAAAGGCCUCCGCGGAGACGAAAAGAUGGUGCUUUGCCACCCUUGGAAGCAGCUUCAUGCGCUUCAUGCGGACCAUGACUAGCGGAGCUGCGCUCCUUGGCGCCUACGAAGCCUCCACUGCCAGGAAGAUAGAUACAAAUACAGAUGAUGGAGAGACCUACGACUGGGCCGUGUGA